AUGAGAAUGCUAGUAAUAAUUCUAGUGUAGGCAAGUUUGGGAUAUAUCACAUACGAUGAAAGCACAUUUAGGUCUUUUCAUAUUGCAAAUAAAGGAUUUUUAUGUUUUAAAAAUUAUUAAAGAACAUAAACAGUAAGAUUUAAAGAUUCCUUUGAAAAUAUUCCAAAAGUAAUUUUAAUACCAGAGUUAUUUGAUAUUUUAACAGAGACAGUUAAUUAUAGUUUAGAAAUAUUAAGUAUAAGUGAAAGAAGUAAAAUUAGACAUAAAUUAGAUUUUACUUUGAGGAUUAUAUGUUCAGAGGGUUUAGUGAAUGGAGUUCAUUAUAGAUGGUUAGCAAUAGAUGAUGCUAGAAUAUAAGUUAUAAGUUAGUUUAAUUUAAAUGAGUUUAAUGAAAAAGCAUUUGAUAAAGUGAAUAGAAAUGCUUAGAAAUAUUUUGUUUCUUUAAUAUCUGUGUCUUAUAAAGGAGAAGUAAACUUUGAAUUGAAGGUAAAAGAAAUAAAGUAAAAAGGUUUCUGAAAUUACAGAGAGUAAGGUUGUAGUUGUAAUAUCAGAUCCAAUGGAAAAGCUAUCUAAUAUUAUUUCAUUAGGAUAUUAGAUUGUUUUAGGGACAGAUGAUAUGCUAUAAUCAUUUGGAAUGAAGGAAACUGAUUCAUUAAAUAGUUAUAUAAGCGAAAAAUACCAAUUAAAGUAAGAAUCUUGGUUUAUUGUACCUUUCUAAGGAUUUUAAUCUAAUUCUGAUGAUAAAAUGAGAUUAAAGAAGAUAUAUUAUUCUGAUUCAAAUUUUUAGUGGUAUGAAAUAAAAGGAGGUAGAUAAAAUUUAGAAUUUAGUUAGUUGCUGUUGUGAUAUAGUAGAUAAGCAUUCACCUAUGUGGAUGAGUUUUGUGUCUACAUUAGAAUUAACUAGUUUUGUAUUUGGUAAGGUAAACAUAAAAUAGAUGGUAAAUUUAAAAACUGAUUAUACUGAUUCUUUUAAAGCUGUAUUAUAGGGACAAAUUAAUUAUAUUAUGAAUUUUGGAGAAACAAAAUAAGUAAUACAUAAGGAUUAGUAAUCAAUAUAAUUAAACAUAUAUGUGAAAUGUAAUCCAGAUGAAAUGACAUAUAUUGAGUUUAAUUAUGGUAAAGAGCAAAAUACGAACUCAAAUACUUUUAUACAUAAAUGUAAUUGGAUUUUUAAUGAGAUACUUUAUUCUAUAUAACUAAUACGAACAUCUAUUGCCUACUAAGAAUUAAUAUUUAAUAUAUAAGACGAGAAAUGUGAGAUAUCAUAAGUACUUUAUAAUUAACGUUUAAUAAAAGUAAAGCUAUUUGAAAUAAUAAAGACAAAAAUAGACUGAUG